CUCCGGAAGGAAAAAUCGAGCCGCCUUUCCUCGCAGCCAGCUUGCACCGCAGGCUCGGGCGGACGUAACUCACAACGACCCCCAGUUGGUUUACCUCUGCAGUUGAGUUUUUUUCCAAAGACAUAUGGAGAGCCCGCACCAUGAUGAAAACGUUCCAUCUCUGCUGCUGCCGUCUCUUCGCCUCUUCAUACCUCCCCUGCGUCUGGUGUCUGCAGCCAUGUGGCACAUCGUACAGAGGGGGAAUGUGCAGGAAUACGGGAUGGUGGAGGACUUUGUCAGCACAGUCACAGAGAUUGUGCCUGAACUACUGAAUGCAGAUCAAAAGGCGCAGCUCCUCCUGGGACUCCGAGCACGCGUGGUUCUUGAAUUGUGUCGGUCCGAGCAGACGACAGAUACAGAAUCCAUCGAGAUGCACCUGCACUGGAUCAAGACGCUCGUAUCCACAUGGGCAGCACAGCCGUGUUUUGCAGAUGUGGAGUUUCCCGAGUCCAACUUUGUGGAUCAGGUUCAGUUGUUGUUAAAGGAUCCUGAAGAGAAGGAGAAGUUCUUCCAGGAUGUUUUCCCUACAGACUUCGGGCCAGAAUAUGACAACGCCCUGCAGGUGCUAAUGCUGGAUUUUCUGUCCAGGCUGGAGAAGCUUCUGCCAGUACCAGACAUUCAACAGACGGCAUCGAUGCUCAGCGUGGUCCCAUCAGCCCUGGAGGAGUGUGCACACUCGGUUCCUGACCCCCAGCACCUCCGAACGGUUCUUCAGUACCACACCACACUCGGGCAUUUUGAUUUUUCUGAUGAAACUCAGACCAUUCCAUCCUCCUUCGGGAACUGCAUCCUCUCCUCGCUGUCCCUCCCCCAGCUGGAGAAGGUGGUCAUCCACCCCGACCAAAUACACCUGCAGCCGUCGGCGGACCAGAUCCAAGACUGCAUGACUGUGCAGGUGGAGGGUGAAACCGUGACGCUGCUGGACUACAUUCAGAUAGAGCAGCCGUCCGCUCUGGUGGAGCCUGAGGACGAGGACGAGAUCGACGCGAACGCGGAGGAAAUGGACGGAGACGCAGGAGGAGACACCAACGGCGACCCCUUGAAACCCGCCGCCUUCCAGCCGCUAAAGCAGAGCAGGAGACUCCUGCUGAAGAGGAACGCUCUGAGAGAUAAAAAUGACUUUGCGGCGGCUAAGAGGCAACGGAAAAAAUACGCAAACAACAAGACGUGUCCCGUGUGCAACAAGAGCUUCUUGCGAGCCGCAGCUAUGAGGCGGCAUCAGGAAAUUCACGACGCCAACCGGGACCUCAAGUACAAGUGCAGCAGCUGCGACAAGCGAUUCCGGGACCACUACGACAUGAACCGGCACAGCAUGCGCGUACACGAGAGGGGAGAGAUGCCCGAAGGCUUUAAGGAGGAACUCCCCGGAGAUCCCUGCACGUCGGACAUGUUCGAAACUAAAACCUGCUCGCUGUGCGGGAAGUACUUUGCUCGGGACGUGGACAUGGAGCGACACAUGAAGUCCCACUCCGAGGACCGGCCCUACAUGUGUUCCUUCUGCGAAAAGAAAUUCAAGAAUCCGUACGUCUUAAAGAGACACGAGAAGGAGAUCUGCAAGAGCCGGGAGCAGAGGAAACCCCGGAGGAAAGAGGCGGCGUGUCUGACCGUGCAGCCGCCGGCCGUGGAGACGGCGGACGGUAAGAUGUGCCCCAUCUGCAGCCGGAUCCUUCCGUGCACCGCCGACAUGGCCAAGCAUCUGAGGUCUCACUCCGAGGAGCGGCCCUUCAUAUGCAUCACGUGCGAGAAGGGCUUCAAGUACAGAGACACGUUGAAAAAGCACCAGAUCAUCCACGGACACGAGGGCAUCAGGGAGGAGCAGAGCAAGUCGCUGGAGCAGAUCCUGGCCGAAGCCGACUCCCAGAGUUGCGGUGACGGCGACGGCGACGGCGCGGAGACCAAGGACCCGGAGACGCCGGCGGAGACGCCCGAGGUUCUACACGUCUGCAAGAAAAGCCUAAAAAGGUGUCCCGUCUGCUCCAGGAGCUUCGACAGCAUCAAGACGCUGAACAGACACGUCCAGUGCCACACGGACGACCGGCCGUACCACUGCAUCCACUGCAACAAGCACUUCAAACACAUGCACGGCCUCAAGAGACACCAGAUCUACGCCAUCUGCCACAAGAAGAGCACGCACUUCGUGUGGAAGAAAGGCCCGCGGUCCGAGCACGGCGUCAGCGCCGACCCGCGGCAGUCCAAGAUCCCCGUGUGGUGCUCCAACUGCGGCAAGCACUUCGAGUACCCGGCGGCGCUGAAGGAGCACCAGGAGAGCGUGUGCCGGGUGGAGCUGAAGGACGUGAUGAAGUGCGACGACUGCGGGAAGGAGUUCAAGAGCAUGACGAUGCUCAAGGUGCACCAGCGGAUCCACGACCCGCUCUACUGCAAGGAGUGCGGGAAGAUCCUGGCCAACGAGCCGGCGUUCGAGAGACACAAGCUCAUGCACAGGCCCAUGCAGUGCACCAUGUGCGACAAGUCCUUCACCCUGCUGAGGCGGCUGAGGGAGCACUACGACAAGCAGCACAGCUUCACGGGACCCUUCCCCUGCUGCCAGUGCGACAAAACCUUCGUGCAGCUGUCCUACCUGGCCAUCCACCAGAGGAUUCACAAGGGGGAGUUCCCGUACGUCUGCGACCAGUGUCCCGAGAAGUUCCGCUCCUCCAACUGCCUGACGGUGCACCAGCGGAAGCACACGGGCGAGAAGCCCUUCCUCUGCUGGCAGUGCGGGAAGUGCUACCGCUCGGCCUCGGAGCUCACCGUGCACAUGGGCACGCACUCGGAGGAGAAGCCCUGGGCCUGCACGCAGUGCCAGCUGGCCUACCGCACCAAGCUGCAGCUCACCAACCACGUGGAGCAGGUGCACAUCGGCGUGCGCUACCCGUGCAACACGUGCGGGAAGCAGUUCAUGAAGGAGACGUCGCUGAAGAGGCACGAGCUGAUCCACACGGGCGAGCGGCCGCACCAGUGCACGGUGUGCGGCAAGACCUUCCUCACGGCCAACGAGCUGCGCCUGCACACCCGCUACCACACGGGCGAGCGGCCGUACAAGUGCGAGGUGUGCAGCAAGGCCUUCAUCCAGUCGGGGUACCUCAAGUCCCACAUGCGCAUCCACACGGGGGAAAAGCCCUUCAAGUGCGACGUCUGCGAUAAAGGCUUCCGGCUGUCCAACCACAUGAAGAAACACCGGCGGACGCACGCCGGCAAGCAGAAGAACUAUGCGUGUGAGGAGUGCGGCGUGGCAUUCCUCGAGAAGAAAUCCCUGUGGGAACACUCGAUCACCCACGAGGUGAAGCUGGAAUCAUCGUUUAGGGACGUCGUCGACGUCGUCAGAAUCGAGUUUCAGUAGUUUUUUUUUGUUUUUUCCAGCCAAGUUCUUCAUUUCUCUACUUGGUUUUGUUUAGCUGGUGUCUUUUUUUUUGCUUUUGCAUCACUGUGCUGAUUCCAAAUGAAUGAUCAAAAAGACACAUGAGAUGUUUGAAGCCAAUGAAUAAUAUCUGCUGAUGCAGCUUUUUCAAAUAAAUUAAACCUUAAUGUUGAUUUGUUGUCUUUAUUUUACAUCGUGCAAGAUGUGAAUUUAUAUCAGAUUAUUCAGUGCCAAACUUCUUCAGUGAGACACGUUGUUUUUGUUAUGUUUAGACUCCGUCCUGCAAAGCUGAUGUGCCAACGUCUGAAUGUUGGAACCUCACUGAGUACGAAUGUUGUUUCUGUGUCAAAGACCAUGUGAUUUUAUUUUUUUCAUUUUAUUCAGAUGCUUUAUUUUUAUUUUUGAAACCCUGACAAAUCUUUCCAUCAUUCAAUUCUAUUUUUUAAUUAUCAAUGUCUGUAUAACAUUCAUGAGCUAUAUAAGAUGUAAACAAAACUACAAUUACCAGAAAAAUUUACUUUUUAUUUAUAUUUUUUUAGUUAAUUAACAAAUAAAGAAAACGUAUCAAGAG